AUGGCCUCCCAUAAACCCCUCACUUGCAGUGCCUUGGCCCUGUUCUUUGCUGCAGGCUUGGUUUCAGCUCAGCUUACAGCAAAUUUCUAUGACAACAAGCCUAGAUGCUGCAAACAGACAUCCCUGCACCAACCCUUGACCUCAGUGACCUCACCAAGCCCUUCUCAAACAAAAGGAUUGAGUGCAACUGACAUGAUUGCACUCUCAGGAGGUCACACCAUUGGGCAAGCAAGAUGUGCUAACUUCCGUAACCGCAUAUACUGUGAAACUAACAUCGAUACAUCCCUUGCAACAUCACUGAAAUCAAAUUGUCUGAACAAGACUGGUGACAAUAAAAUCUGCCCCCUUGACGCCUCAACACCCUAUGUUUUUGACAAUUUCUACUACAAGAACUUGUUGAACAAGAAGGGUGUUCUGCAUUCUGACCAACAACUGUUCAAUGGAGGCUCAGCAGAUUCCCAGACUACCACCUACUCUUCAAAGAUGGCCAAAUUCUCCACCGAUUUCAGUGCAGCAAUGGUGAAGAUGAGCAACAUUAGCCCCCUUACUGGAUCCAGUGGACAGAUAAGGAAAAACUUCAGGAAGGUAAACUAG